ACGGAGCAGAGUCCAGGCACGCAAUCUGGAGACACGCUGCAGUCACCCAGGGACUGGCUUAUCUGGAGACUGCUCAAAGUUGGCGGAGAAAGCUCCUCACAAUCAGGGAACCGUUGGAGGACUCAGCGUCCACCCCAGUGAUGUCACCUCGGAGCAGCCCCAGCCCUCACACAGCCACACUGUGCGGGGGGAAGUAGUCACACUCUGAGGUAACUGCUCCAGACUGGAGGAAUGGUCUGACCUGCGGGGACAGAGGACUUCUACACGGCCAGGAUGUUGCUCCGUGGUUUCCUAAGUGCAAUAACUGGCAAAGCAAGGCAUCGUCCUGUGAAAUUAAAGAAUAUCCAGCCGAUAUGUAUACUGAUGUGCCUUCUGACAGCUCAUGCUGCUAAAUUUGAUUUCAAAGCUGUGUUUAGUGCGCCAUGCGUGGACAUUAUGACUUUAAGUACACCUGUCCCUGAGCUGACAGAAUUUACCGUGUGCACCUACAUACAGCUGGAUUCUUCUGAUCCCUGGACUGCUUUCACCUACCAGCUGCCUACUUCUCCCACCAAUUCCUAUGAAUUGGGUCUUCUUGGUGACAGCAGCAGCUUGAAAAUAUGGAUGUUCGGCACUGAGAUAACUGUGUUUGAGAGACUAAAACCACAUACUUGGUACGAGGUCUGCAUUAUGUGGGAUGGCAGCAAUGACUCCAUGGGAUUUUAUCUGGAUGGUACAUUAAAAGAAAGCCGCAAAUUGGAGAACAGCACCAAACUAGACGGAGGUGGCAGUGUGGUCCUCGGCUGCUCGCACUUUAAAGACAUAAAUGCCUCAGCAUCUGUUGGGUUAGUCGGUAAUAUCUACAUGUUCCGGAUGUGGGACAGAGCACAAACGUCCCUUUUGCAGAAAUGCAUUGAUGGGAAAGUUAUAAAGUGGAGAAAGGAUGACUGGAUCUACAUCUCAACGGUAGUACAGAAAGAUUCAUCCCUGCACUGCGCAAAAGGAACAGAGUCAGACCCUUCAACUUCUGGUCAGAUCAACCAUAACAUUCACAUGUUUUACAAAAGAUCUCUUCGAGUUUCAGGCAGCACUACUAGUGUGCCUCCUAUUUCACCACCAAACACCCCCACUACAGUGGUGUCUGGGAUAUUCACUGGUGGAACAGGGGUGAAUACUAGAGAGACUAAAACCCUGACCACUGGGUCUAAUACAUUCUCAGAAACCACAAAUAUAACUAAUGUCACCGAAUUUACCCUUGGCACAUCCAAAAGCAGCACACUUUGGACAUCAUCAUUAAACACAAUUGUCACCAAUGGGAGCAGCAGUUGGAGUAGUGGCGUAACGUCUCAGCAUGCAUACGUUACAUCUGAGUUCGGCCAAAUAACGACUGAAAGUAUGAAUUGUUCCUUCAAUGACACUGAAGCAUUUCAGAACUGGCAUUCGGAUAUUUGUAAUACAAGUUGUGAUUACGGCUCAGCUUAUGAGAUCAUUCUGCAAAAAGAUUGUGCAUUGGCAGAACAUAUACUUAAAAAUCUUUUUCUGAAAAAUAACAACAGCAUUACAUUCAUUGUGAAUAACUGCAGUGUCUUGGCACUUGGACUUAAUGACACUGUCCUUGACAUUUGUUCUACAUUGAAUAACCCUGUUAUCAUCCAGUAUAUACUGUCUUUAAAAACCCUAGAUUACUACUGCUGUUGUCUCGAGGAGUGUUCAAUACCUAACUGCGUUGACAGUACCCUGACCUGUCCGCCUGGUGGCAGUGUUACCACGGGAGUCAAGUCCACGACCUUCAACAACACCGGCUUGACGAUUGCCACAGCUUUUAUGAAUGGAUCUGGUACAACUGUUUACAGCGGACCUUCUGCAACUUUUACCAAAGGAUCUAGUGCAACUUUUAACAGCGGUCCUAUUACAACCUUUAAUAAUGAAACAAUUACAAGUGAAGUUACGUUAACUGUGAACAGUAAAUCUAAAACAACACAUAACAGUGGAAGUAAAUCAACUGAUAGUGGAUCUAGUGCAACAGUUAACCAUGGAACUGCAGUAACUAGUAAUAAUGAGACCAGUACAAGAGGUGAGCGCGGAACAAUGACAACUGGUAUUAGUGAAGCAGCUAAUAAUGCAUCUCAUACAACAGAUAACAUCGGACCUAUAGCAACUGUCAUUAGAGGAACCGAUACAACAGCUAAUGAUAGUCUUCUGACAACUUUAAAUAAUGGAUUUAAUACAACCUCUAACAGCGGACGUCUGACAACUAUUGAUAGUGGAACUCAUACAACAGUUAACAAUAAUCCUCUGACAACUUUAAAUAAUGGAUUUAAUACAACAGCUGGAGGUGAGCCUGCAAGGACUACUAAUAGUGGAUCUAAUUCAACAACUAACCGCACACCUAAAACCGCUAUAGCUGAUGGAUAUAAUACAACAUCUUAUAGUGGGCCUAGAACUAGUACACAUAAUACCACUGAUAAUACUGGAUAUACGACAACCUUUCACAGUGGAUCUGAAACAACGUCUAGUAACAGUCAGACAGUAACAAUUACAAACGGUUCCGUUACUUCAGAUAAAACCACAACAUCCACCAACAUUACAGAUGAUUUGAAAGAUUUGGCGGACCUCCUUAGUUCCAGUAAUCUCAAUUCCUCCACUGUAGACUACAUUGUGUCCAGGUUAGAAAAGCAUUUGUCUGGAGAAGUGAGUCCUCAUGAUGGCGAAGCACUGCUUAAUAUCUUGAGUACAUUUCUGAAUAUUUCUCAAGCUCUUCUUGGACCAGUCUCUAACAGAUUAAUUCGAAUAGUGGAUAAAAUUGCCUUGCAGUUGACGUUCCGUGGAAAAUGUCUUUCUCUCACCUCUCAGUCCUUGGCACUGGCAGUGAAUAAAGUCAAUGUCAGCUCUUUCAUCGGCACAUCAUUCAGUGUUAAUUCUUCCUCUGGCCUGCAGGUAUCUUUGGGUUCCCAAGAACCAGCAAACAGUGAUGGCUCCGUUCUUCUUCCUGCUUCAUUAAUCAAUGACUUGUCUCCCGGUGACAAGAAGAAUGCUUCCAGAGUACAGUUUAACUACUAUGCAAAGACUUCAUUUUUCAAGGACUCUUCCCUCACUACAAACCAACGACUGGUGAGCAAAGUGAUAUCGUCAAGUUUUGCAAACCUCUCAGUAACUAAUUUAAGUGAAAAUAUUACUGUGACGCUAAAGACUUCACCAAGGAAUGGCACAGAAAAAGUGGAUUGUGUAUUUUGGGACUUUAAUCAGAACAAUGGAAGUGGCGGGUGGUCUUCAUAUGGCUGUGUAGUUGCUAACACAACACAGAAUGAGACAGUCUGUCAGUGUAAUCAUAUGACCAGCUUUGCAAUAUUGAUGAAUGUAUCACCCAAUGAUCAAUUAAAUCCAGAAGAUCUGUUGGUUUUGACCUUUAUCACAUAUAUUGGAUGUGGUCUUUCCGCAAUAUUCCUGUCUGUGACUCUCAUAACCUACAUUGCAUUUGAGAAAAUCCGGAGAGAUUACCCAUCUAAAAUCUUAAUUCAGCUUGUGCUGCCCUGGUUUGCUAACCUCACAUUCCUCCUGAAUCCCUGGAUCGCACUGUAUAAUGACGUCCCUGGACUCUGUAUCUCUGUGGCUGCUUUUCUGCAUUAUUUUGUCUUGGUCUCUAUCACCAGGAUGGGUCUUGAAGCUUUCCACAUGUACUCUGUCUCUAGUAAAGUCUUUAAUACCUAUGUACGAAAAUACAUCUUAAAGUUCUGCAAUGUUGGAUGGGGAGCUCACGGGUGGUUGUGGCAAUAAUCCUUGCAGUUAAGAAAGAUGCGUCUUACUCCAAAUAAGCGGAAAAUACUAAUGGAUCAGCAGAUUAUUUCUGCUGGGUGGAGGACAUUGUUUUCUGGAUCACAGUAGUCGGAUAUUUUGCUUUCAUAAUUCCUGUUGACGUCAGCAAUGUUUGUUGUGGUCCUUAUACAGUUGUGUCGCAUCAAGAAGCAGAAACAGCUGGGCUACCAGAGGAAAACCACCCUCCAAGACAUGCGCACGUGUGGCUGGAAUUACUUUUCUACUGGGCAUAAACAUGGGGGUUUGCUUCUUCUCUUUUGGUCCUGGAAGACGGUUAUCAUGUACCUGUUCACUAUAUUUAACAGUCUGCAAGGUUUCUUCAUAUUUCUCUUCUACUGCGUAGCAAAGGAAAAUGUCCGCAAGCAGUGGAGGCGUUAUCUUUGCUGUGGAAAAUUCAGGCUGGCUGAAAACUCUG